AUGUCUCUCGCUCAAACCAAAGUCCUUUUCACCGGCGCAACAGGCUACAUUGGGGGCUCUGUGCUGAACAGGCUUCUGUCGCGUCCAGAUGCCAGCAAAUUCGAGUUCACCGCCGUUGUUCGUGACGCCAAGAAAGCUGAGACGCUGCGCUCGUUUGGCGUGAAGACCGUGAUUGGCUCGCACUCCGAUGCAUCUCUAAUGGAGGAUCUGGCGAGCAAGACGGAUAUGGUUAUUGCAACGGCGGACUGCGACGAUCUUGUUGCCGCGAAGGCGACUUUGGCUGGCCUCAAGAAGAAGUUCCAGUCGAGUGGUGUCCCGCCGGUCUAUAUCAACACCUCAGGGACAGGGGUGCUGACUGAAGACUCUAAAGGACUUGUCCUGAGCGAUACGAUUUACGAUGACACCAACCCUGCCCAAAUUGCCUCCCUAGCAGACACCCAAAUGCAUCGCAACGUCGAUUUGGCUGUAACGAAUGCUGACACAGAAGGAUAUGUGAAGAGCUUCAUCGUCCUUCCCGCCAUCAUCUACGGUUAUCCCACAGGGCGAAUCAUAGAGUCUGGGAUCCAGAAUGGCCAUUCGAUUAUCCAGCCGAUGCUCCUUCGCACUGCCCUCGACCGCGGCAGGAUUGGUGUAGUCGGCCAGGGAAAGAACAUGUGGCCCAACGUCGAACUCCAUGAAGUUACAGACUUGUUCAGUCUUCUGAUCGACGCAAUCGCCUCAAACCCACAGCUCGACCAUGGACCCAACGGCUAUUACUUUGCUGAAAAUGGCGAGCACACAUCCUACGAGCUGUCCGUUGCCUACGGCAAGGUGCUGGCCGCCCUCGGCAAGCUCGACAAUCCAGAGCCCACUUCAUACACCCAAGAAGAGCUGAACAAGUACUUCGGGGGCUCUGCUGUCUUGGGCACCAACGCGCGAUGCCGCGCCAACCACGCACGGGCGGUCCUCGGCUGGAAGCCAGUCAAGACCACCAGCGAUUUCUUUGCCAGUCUCGGGCCCGAGGUGGAGCGCUUGCUGAAGAGAAACCAGAAGUAA